AAAAGGACUGUUCUGUGCUAUCUGAUUUUGUGCGGGACCUGACGGAACUGCCAAGAUGCUACUCCUCUGGAUACUUCCAUUGCUGCUGGGAGCAGCAACAGGAAAAGAAGUCUGCUUCCCAAGACUCGGCUGCUUCAGCGAUGAUGCCCCAUGGGCAGGAAUUGUGGAAAGGCCCCUUAAAAUAUUGCCCUGGGCUCCAAAAGAUGUCAACACUCGCUUCCUCUUAUAUACUAAUGAGAACCCAGACAACUUCCAAGAAAUUGUGGCAGAUCCAUCAACUAUCAGUGACUCCAAUUUCAACAAAGACAGAAAAACUCGCUUUAUUAUUCACGGAUUCAUAGACAAGGGAGAAGAAAACUGGCUGGCCAAUAUGUGCAAGAAUUUGUUUCAAGUAGAAAGUGUGAACUGUAUCUGUGUGGACUGGAAAAGUGGCUCCCGAACUGGAUACACACAGGCCUCACAGAACAUCCGGAUUGUGGGGGCAGAAGUGGCAUAUUUUGUUGAAGUUCUUCAGUCAGCAUUUGAGUACUCGCCAGCCAGUGUCCACAUCAUCGGCCACAGCCUGGGUGCCCAUGCUGCUGGCGAGGCUGGAAGGAGGAUCAAUGGGACUAUUGGACGAAUCACAGGGUUGGAUCCAGCUGAGCCCUGCUUUGAAGGCACACCUGAAUUAGUCCGACUGGAUCCCAGCGAUGCCCAAUUUGUGGAUGUAAUUCACACAGACGGUGCCCCCAUCAUUCCCAACUUGGGGUUUGGAAUGAGCCAAUCUGCAGGUCACCUAGAUUUCUUUCCAAAUGGAGGAAUAGAAAUGCCCGGAUGUCAGAAGAACAUUCUCUCUCAGAUUGUUGACAUAGAUGGCAUCUGGGAAGGGACUCGUGACUUUGUGGCCUGUAACCACUUAAGAAGCUACAAGUACUACACGGAUAGCAUCCUGAACCCUGAUGGUUUCGCCGGAUUCCCGUGUUCCUCUUACAGUGUUUUCACUGCAAACAAGUGCUUCCCCUGUCCAAGUGAAGGCUGCCCGCAGAUGGGUCAUUAUGCUGAUAGAUUUCCCGGGAAAACUGCUGGAGAGGGCCAGAAAUUUUAUCUGAACACUGGUGAUGCCAGUAAUUUUGCCCGCUGGCGGUACCAGGUAGCCGUCACGUUGUCUGGGAGGAAGGUUACGGGACACGUGCUGGUUUCUUUGUUUGGAAGUAAAGGCAACACUAAGCAGUAUGAAAUUUUCAAGGGCACUCUCCGACCAGACAGCACUCAUUCCAAUGAGUUUGACUCAGACGUGGAUGUCGGGGACGUGCAGAUGGUUAAAUUUGUUUGGUACAACAAUGUGAUCAACCCAACUCUACCCAGAGUGGGAGCAUCGAAGAUCACGGUGGAAAGAAACGAUGGACAAGUGUUCAACUUCUGUAGCCUAGAAACCGUGAGGGAGGACGUUCUGCUCACUCUUAAGCCAUGCUAGGAGGCUGUUGAUGUGUGGUCAUUGACUCUUACUGCUAAUAAAACCUAGUGGCGAAGUAAUACAUUC